AUGGCUCUGCUAGUUGCCAGUGGAGUGCUAUCGCUUUUGUCCACUUCUGUGGUGGCAGACUCUCUCGCUGAGGUCGAACACGUUAUCUACUUCAUGCAAGAGAACAGAGCUUUCGAUCACUACUUUGGAACGCUCAAGGGAGUACGAGGCUAUUCAGAUCCUAAUGUCCUCAUCGGCCAAGACGGCAAAAGCGCCUUCUACCAAAAAGUCAACGGGACCUUGACCAAUGAGACCGACCAUUUGCUGCCCUGGUAUCUGAACUAUCUCGGUGGUGACUACCUCGAGUCCACUCAAUGUGGUGGGUCCAUCCUGCUCCAGCUGGAACAAACGGAUGGGGUGCCAACCACCGAGCUCUUAACGGCGGACAGAACGUACGAUCUCUGGGCCAUCGCGAAUACUGCUUUCUCCUGGUCUCACUACCGACGUGAGGACAUUCCGGUACACUUUGCCAUUGCCGAUGCGUGGACUAUUGGAGAUAUGUACCAGGAAGCCAUCGUCAGCUCCAGUGAACCCAACCGAUUCAUGUGGCAGACUGGAACUAUCAACCUGCCUGGAAGCAAGAUCAACAGUACCGCGGGUCCCUGCAUUGACGACAACUCGUCCCCUGGAUGCGUUCAGCUCUUCAGAGGUGGCCCUCAACCUCCUUGGGGACAAGGUACGACUCCUGUCGGUCAAUUCAAUGGUUCGAUCGGACCUGCCAGUGCCUUGAAUUACUCAUGCUAUCCCUAUGACUGGAAGACCGUUCCGGAAUACUUUUACGAAGAUGGUGUCAACAUUACUUGGAACCAAUACCACUCGUCUGACAACUAUGGGCACGAAAUCAUGGAGUAUUUUGUCCAGUUCCAAGACUUGAUCUAUCCUGGAAACGAGACCGAGCCCAUCAUCGUCGCAGCGCUGAACGAACAAGGUCACGGUGCGGAUACUGGCGGUGUCGAAGCCUUCUUGAGGGAUGCUCAAGCUGGGAACCUUCCCGAGAUCAGUUAUUUGAUUGCUCCCGGUGACCUUUGCGAGCACCCUCCUAACCUCCCUCGACAAGGAGGUUGGCUGCAGAAGGCGGUUAUAGAUGCUGUCCAAAAUUCCCCCAAGUACAACAAAACCAUCUUGAUCAUCAGUUACGAUGAGACUGGAGGUUUCGGAGACCAUGUUGUGCCUUUCCACUCCCCCGAAGGAACACCUGGUGAAUGGCUCAAUGACCCAUUCACUGGAGUUCCAGAAUUCGGAGGUCCGGGUUUCCGAGUCCCUUUCUUCGUCAUUUCGCCUUGGACCAGAGGUGGAGGUGUCUUCACUGAACCUGCCGACCACAUCAGUCAAUUGCUCUUCAUGGAAAAGUGGGCAGCAGCACGGGGCAAAGGCUUUCACAUCGAAGCCAUCUCCGAUUGGAGACGAGAGCACAUGUCGGAUUUGCUUGACAUCUUCGACUGGGAUCAUCCAAACUACACUGCGGUUGAAUUGCCUGACGCACCUUCUCCUCAACGAGACCCACUUUCCGGCUUACUUGACGCUGCUGCCUAUUGCCACGCAAAAUACGAUGAGCUCGCUUGGCCUCCUGUUCCAUAUGGCAACCAGACUGAGCAGGAUGCCUUGUGGGUCGAAGCUGGACAUAGGGAGAUCCGAGGAAAACUCACUGAAGGACGUCACUUGGUCCUCGAAUCCUCCGGUUACGCAUUGUCCGUCCUCUCCAAUGCAACCUGCACACUUGGAACCUCAUCCCCUCAAGUCCAGAAGGAAAGCGACGCUUCUCAGCGAUUCAUCGUCCACGCGAGGAAUGCAUCCCUGGCUGACGUUCCCAUAUUUACGAUAACGUCUGCUGGUGACUCCAAAUGGUUCCAAGCCGAUCUCAGCUUGUCCGACUCGAACGCCGAUGCUGCGUACUUCAAUGUGACCAACGGAGGUGGCGUCAAGGGCUAUACCUUCCAAGAGAUGUCGUCUGGACAGUAUUUGAACUUUGGGUGUGGUAAUGUUACCCUCGGCGCAAGUCCCGAAUGGAUCAAGCUCUAUUCAGUCACAUUCUAA